AUGUCCAUGCUUGCCGAACGUAAGUGCUACAUCGAAUGUUUUAAACAAUAUUUUGUGGUUCAGACAUUAGAGAAACAAAAAAUAUUUGUUGUGUCGUGUUGUCUGAAGAAGUCAACAUCGAUUUAGUGCAAUUUAUGUAUUUAAAAGUGCCUCAGUACAUGUGCGGUUCGAAAAUCUGUCGAGCUAGCGAGCAUAAUGCUAACCACAAUCACAUUUACCGGUAACUAGCUAGCAAGUUUCUAGUAAACCUCUCAACUAGCUAAACAAGUUGAGUGCAUCCGGUCUAACUAACUUAAUAAAUAACGUUCUUUAGUGUGUUGGUAUAUUUAAGAUGUCUUGUAUCUCAUUUCUGAUCAUUGCCAAUGUGAUUAAUUACAUAAUCUUGAGACCUUUGACAGACAGUUAACCAGCUAGCUCUGGUCGAGGAUGUUGAGCUUUUCCCGAUUUUGUUUAGUGACUGGUUUUAAUAUACUGUCGUCACUCACCGAAGUAAAUAUCUGACUUGAGUGCUGAGUAACUUUUAUUUUGUAUGUGUAAGUUGCAAUUUCUCAAAUUCGAAACAAACUGCGUUUGAGCACUUGGUUUACCGCCGAAGUACCCCGGGUAGUGGACCAGAUCUACAAGCUAGCCUGUUGUCAGUUUGGGUACUGUGACAGCAUAAAAUAAUGUCGGUGCAAAUGGACCAAUAACUCAAGUAUUGUUUUUUUAAAUUCUAUUAUGGUUUGAUGUUUAGCCCGGAGAAAACAGAAGUGGUCUGUUGACCCGCGGAACAGCGCAUGGAGUAAAGAUGAGUCCAAGUUCGGCCAGAAAAUGCUGGAGCGAAUGGGCUGGUCCAAGGGAAAGGUACUGUGGGCUUUGUCUUAGCAAACCAAUGAUAAACUAACAGUAUACUAGUGACGGUAUGUCACUGUAGCUCAAUCUCAAGACAAUUUGUCUUCCUGGGCUUCCUCCUUGCGUCCUGUCCCUUUGCCUCCUUUUCAACUGACUGUAUUGGAGAAGGUCCAAGGUCCCUCCCCUCAUACUUUUAUUUUCCAUGCGUUUGGAGGAGGCGGCGAGGAGAGAGGAAUCGAGGCAACACAAAUUAAGAAAGAGCCUGUAUCUAACUGUUUUGGCAUCAUUAGGAAUGACAUGUUCAUCUGUCUCUACCAGGGCCUGGGAAGAACUGAGCAGGGCUCCACAGAACACGUCAAAGUCAAAGUGAAGAACAACCAACUGGGGCUGGGAACCACUACCAGCCACGACGUGAGUGGACAACUGGGUUGUGUUCAUUAAGGCACACUGUCAACAAGUGUUUCUUAAUGGAGAAGUUCAGGGUUUUAUUUAUUAGUGCACAUUGUAGCAAAACGUUUUGCAACAGAAAACAAAAAUGAUAAUUGCUUAUUAAACAAUUUCAGGUAGUCCUUUCUUCUUUUUGUUUUCUAGAGAAUACGACCCAGAAUACUCAAGACUGGCGUGACGUACAGUGUUUUACAAAUGAAUGUCUCCAAGUUACGUCCUUGUUUUGAUGUAAUUUGUUCUGUUUCCAGGACAACUGGAUCGCCCAUCAGGAUGACUUUAACCAGCUCCUGGCGGACCUCAACAACUGCCAUGGUCAAAACACUGCCAAUGGUAAAGACACACACAGACAGACGGACAGAAUAAUAUACAACGUGCAUUACUCUGUGCAUAAACUCACUCGUCAGAUAUGCAUGACUAGUGGGUGCUAUUGUAACAUUCAGGGGAAGGAAGUUCUCAUUUACAACUGCGACCUGGCCAAGAUAAAGCAAAGCAGUGCGAUAAAAACAACAACACAGAGUUACAUAUGGGGUAAAACAAAACAUAAAGUCAAAAAUACAACAGAAAAUAUAUAUAGUGUGUGCAAAUGUAGCAAGUUAUGGAGGUAAGGCAAUAAAUAGGCCACAGUGCAAAAUAAUUACAAUUAGUUGCCCAAUAAAUCAAAUCAAAAUUGUAUUGGUCCAUACACAUAUUUAGCAGAUGUAUUGUGGUUGUAGCUACAUUUUUGUGUUCCUAGUGCCAACAGUGCAGUAAUAUCUAACAAUUUCACAACAAUACACACAAAUCUAAAAGUAAAAGAAUGGAAUUAAGAAAUAUAUAAAUAUUAGGGCUAUCAAUGUCGGAGUACAGAGUAUAAGUGUGUUCGUGUGUAUGUGAUGGGAUGUAUAGACAUUAUGGACAGUAUGUGGAUAGAAUAUGUAGUAUAUCUGUAGAAUACGUAGGAUAGAAUAUAUACAGCAGUAGUUUAAUAGGAUGGCAUUGACUAGAAUACAGCAUAUACAUAUAACAUGAGUAAAACAGUAUGUAAACAUGAUUAAAGUGUUUUUAUUUUACCAGGUAAGUUGACUGAACACGUUCUCAUUUACAGCAACGACCUGUGGAAUAGUUACAGGGGGGAGAGGAGGGAGGAUGAAUGAGCCAAUCGGAUGCCGGGGAUGAUUAGGUGGCCAUGAUGGUAUGAGGGCCAGAUUAGGAAUUCAGCCGGGACACCGGGGUUAACACUCCUAUUCUUCCGAUAAGGGCCAUGGGAUCUUUAGUGACCGCAGAGAGUCAGGACAGCCGUUUUAACGUCCCGUCCAAAAGAUGGCACCCUACACAGGGCAAUGUCCCCAAUCAUUGCCCUGGGGCGUUGGGAUCUUUUAUUUUAGACCAGAGGAAAUAGUGCCUCCUACUGGCCCGCCAACACCACUUGCAGCAGGAUCUGGUCUCCCAUCCAGGGACUGACCAGUACCAACCCUGCUUAACUUCAGAGGAAAGCCAGCAGUGGGAUGCAGCUGGCAAAGUGACCAGUAUUCCAUGUGUAUGUACAUAAGGGGUGCUACUGUACACUAGGGGGUGCUAUUGUAACAUUCACAGGAAAGCAGUAGCCCACUAGGGGGUGCUAUUGUACCAUUUAGGGGAAGGUAGUUGACCAUAGGGUCCGUACGUCUGUGACCAAGAGAAAGUGGCCUUGUUUCAAUCCCAUUAAUUGAUAUGGUAUUCUUUCACGUUGAGAGCUCUAAAUCCGGCUGAGAAUAACACAAUGAGAUGAAACUACUAAACUCUCCCGUUUCAUAUGCGCUUUGCUGUGAGUUUCAGAGCAGACAGAUGGGGUCUUUCUGGCACUAUAAGGAAUGGGACCCUACGACGUUCACAGAGCGCUUUGUAUACCAAAAUGUCAGUCAGAACCGCUCCAGAACCGCUCCAGAACCGCUCAAAAGUCCCCCCAUAUAGGAGACUUAACAUCUAAGAGAUGAAAGGUUUUGAUUGUCGUUGUUUUUGUUUUCAGAAGCCCCGUCAGAGAAACAGCAGGAGAAGUCCUUCAGCCUGGAGGAGAAGUCAAAGACGUCCAAGAAGAGGGUCCACUACAUGAAGUUCACCAAAGGUUUUUAUUAA